AUGCUUAAGGAGGUGUUGUUGGGUGUCCUCACAGGAGCAGUGGCUUUGACUAUAGGCAUUCUGCUGGGACACUUCGCCAUUGACAAGGGCAGUUCGGUGCCAGAGUGGGUCCGGGAUGCAUCUCGUGAUGUGGACGAAAGUAUCAUUGAGAAAUUCCUUGCAGAACUGGAUACAAAUCAACUUAAAGAGAACCUCAGGGAGCUGACUAAGGUUCCCCACAUGGCCACCACCUCUGGAGAUGAAGCAACCGUAGAUUUUAUGCUGAAGAGAUGGCAGGACCCCAACACAGGCUUGGACAGUGCAUGGAGGGAAGACUACAAGGUGUAUCUGUCAUUCCCAAACAAAACAAGCCCCAACAAAGUCUCUGUUGUUGAUCCAGCAAACACAGUGCAGUUUACGGCAAGAGAGCGAGAGAAGGUAUACAAACCAGACCAGGAGGACCCAGAGGUGGUCCAGCCAUUCGCGGCAUAUUCCCCCGCAGGAAACGUCAAGGGAAAACUUGUCUAUGCGAAUCAAGGUAAAAUGAGUGACUAUGAGCUGUUAAACAGAACGCUGGAUCUGAGGGGAACCAUCGCCAUCACCAGAUACGGAGGAGAAGGGAGAUCUAAAAAAGCUAUAAAUGCAGCCAAGUUUGGAAUCGUUGGGGUGCUGGUCUAUACUGAGCCAUAUGACAUGAACGAUGGCCUGGUGUCAGAAAGUGAAACCUACCCUCACUCCUGGUAUCUCCCACCUUCUGGCGUCGAGCGAGGCUCAUACAACACUGACUUUGGAGACUUGUUAACACCUUACUUAGCUGCAAAGGAUGAUACCUACAGAAUACCAAAAGAAGACAUAACAGGUAUUCCGCCAAUUCCAGCACAGCCAAUAGGGUUUGAGGAUGCUGAAAGAUUAAUCUGUGAGCUCGAUGGGGACGAUGCCCCUGAUGAAUGGCAAGGCUCACUUAACUGCACAUACAAACUUGGAGGGCCAGGGUUCAAAGCCUUAUCUACCUUCAGCAACAGCAAUGUGCACUUGGACAUUUAUAACACUGAGAGGCUGGAAUAUUCAGCAAAUGUUAUGGGAAUAAUCCGAGGCAGUGUGGAGCCAGACAGGUACGUGAUUUAUGGGAACCACAGGGACAGCUGGGUGCACGGAGCCAUUGACCCCAGCAGCGGCACAGCAGUGAUGCUGGAGAUCACCAGAGUGCUGGGGAAGAUGGUGAAGGAAGGGAAAUGGCGACCUCGGAGGUCCAUUAUCUUUGGCAGUUGGGGAGCUGAAGAAUUUGGCCUUAUUGGAUAG